CAACGUCAGCCUCUCCACCGUCAUGCGCUGUGAGGGGCGGCAGAAGUGCUCGCUACACCUCAGAAUCAAGACCGCCUUCAAACUCACAGGAGACUCACCCUCUGGACCUCAGCAAUCAAACACCCACAGGACACAGAGAGUUUGGAUCAGAGUUCAAUUAUUUGUAACCAACAGUUUCACAAAUAAACCUGAGCUGGGUCCAGUAUUAAAGACAACAACCUCCUCCUCAUCUGUCUUUCCCAACUGCCCAACAAACAUGUUGACAUAUUAUUUAUACCAUCACACUCAAUGCAUGUGCCACCUCCGUCCACGCCCUCAUUACAUAUUAGUUCUCGUCACUCAGUGUGACCUCUGUUCCUUUCCAAGCCGGUUACUUGAAGGAAGGUGGAGGUUUCUUGCUGACGUCUCCCCCCUCGUUACUUCUCUUAUCGUUAUUGUGUCUGAGCUUCCUGGUCCUCGCUCUGCAGUCUUCUCUCUACCGGUUAAGACUGGAUCAGCACAAGGCUGCUGGGUAUCUAUGUCUGGUGUUGUUGACCCUCGUCUCAGGGAGGGAGCUGUGUGUGCCCUCUCAAUCAUCUUUGUAGAUGUAAUUAAAGCCAAAUAUAACACAAUGGAAAAGUUUAAUACACACUAUAUAUAUAUCUUGUAGAAGCACCCAAUUUGAAACAUUUUAACCACCACACUGUUUACCAGUUACUGUUUGGCCACUGGGUGUUCAAGGCGUCUCCUGGCUUCUGACUUUGAGAUACUUUUCUCCCCAGAGUCGAUCCAGGGUUUGUCCAUCUGCGUCGGCACCAGCGGGAUGAUGGCCAGCUGCCGAACGAUCAACUUCAGAAAAGAGUCGAGACACAGGCUCUCCGGGCUGCAGGUGGAAGUUGAGAAUGAUUGCAGUGACAUUUCUCCAGGCCAACGUGUGCAAGUAACAGUGAAAACUGUGCCGAGCUACUGCGGCGUCACCUGGACCGGCUCUUAUGGCGCUCCAGAAUGCAGCAGUGAAGAUUUGCUCACACAUGUCCCAGAAUGCAUCACUGGGAGGCUGUCAUAUGUGUUAAACCCACAGAGGAAGGAGCUGAGUGUCAGUGUGUCAGACAUGUUGGAGGAUCAAGACUACCACCUCCGUCUGUGCCACAAGGAUUUCAUCUGCGUUGGCACAGGGGCGUACACACUGAUAAAGAAAGGGCAACACGUAAAGAGCGCUAACCUCCCAUUCUCCCGACCUCUGCCCUGCCUCUGCAUCGAGGGAUGGUCAGCGGUGAUGGAUGCCUCGAGAGUCCAGGUCUGCCCGUUCACACACCGUCUCGAGGAGCUGUGGUCUGGAGUACUCUUUGACCCCGUUGAGGAGACGCUAUCAUGGGAGCCCGCCUGUCCCGUGACGGCUGUGGUUGCGUUGUGUCAGAAAAAAGAGGACGGCGUGUGCGUGGAUCUGCCUCACGCCUCACAGAACGUGAGCAGAGAAAAGAUCACAUUUACUAAAGUGGAUCCACACCCUCAUCUGUGCAUGAAGUUUACUGCAGGCCAUCAGUCCUGGACCAGGUGCCCUUUUGCUGAUACCAGAUUCCAAGCAUGGAAGGUGAUCGCGACGAGACAACAGGGCCAGGAAGACGUGAAGAUGUUGUCACAGAUCACCGCAACGUUUUCUGUAGAGCUGUGUGUGAGGUCUGAAGGCUCCACUGUGUGCCAGAUCACUGACACACACACCAUGCACGUGGAGAAACAUAGAGAGGUUGGUUUGAACAUGGCAGGGGAGCAAUGCAACUCUUGUCUCCAGGUGAAGAGGCUCGAUGUGAAGUUCGCUGCCACAGUCAUUUACUGUGUCGAGCACUGCAAUCAAACAUGGCCCUUCAGACCUGUCAUCUCCAGGCAAGCCUCUUGGGACUUUACUUGGGUCAUUUUACCUGCUGCCGUCUGCCUCUCUGGCAUCAUCAUUUUCACUCUGGCGCUCCACGUACUGUUAACCGUGUAUCAGAGGAGGAAACGAAAAAUAAAUGGUGGCUGCGUCUCUGAAAAGAGAACAGAUCCCACUUCUGACUGUGUAGUCACUGUAUCACAGAGUCAACCUGCUCUCCAUGGCGUUUUCCUCAUUCCCGACUCCCCACAGUGUGGGAACACUGAGAAGACCAACUUAAUCUCCCACUGACCAGAGAACAAGACAUUACUUGUAAUGUGCAGAGUAAAACCGUAAAGUUGUUACACAGACCAAGGAUUUCUCUGUUGAAUGCAACGUACAAGGAGAGAUAUUUCAAAUGUUAUAUUACAGUUAUUUUGCUGGUUAGUAUGCCCGUUAUAGUUAAUGGCUGUUGUUUAUGUAAUACAGUCAUAUGCAAAAGUUUAGGCACCCCUCUGAGGCUGCAUGAUAAUUUACUCUGUCUUCACCAAAAAAAGAUCACAGUUGUGUAAUAUUCAUUUUCUAGUUAACACUGAGUGCUGGGGUGUUUUCCAGACAAAGAUAUUUAGUGUAGCAGUAUUUAGUUGUGUGAAAUUAAAUCAAAUGUGAAAAAUAGGCUGUGCAAAAGUU